AUGCCCGAUUCUUUUGUUUUAGAACCGCAAAGAGAAGUGAUCUCAAUAUACAAAGAUGACUUUACCACCCCGCCAUCCAGACCUCAAUAUUUCAUCGAAGUUUAUCGCUGUGUUAAACUUGAAGUUGGCGAAUGCUCUAGCAGUGGACCGUCUACGUACCCGGUUCCAAAAACAACGAACGAAAUUGAGAUAGUGGUUCCGGAUAUAACAAACAAAGAUAGCGAUUCUAGCGAUAAAAAGAAGUUUUAUAAAUAUGUGGUCCAUAAUCACACGUCUUGUCAAUGUGGAAACUUAAAGUACAGGAAUGGUAGACUGUAUAAAACCAUAGCUAUAUAUAAUAACGAAG